AUGUUAAGGCCCCCGGUUUAUAUUUAUAGUCCCGAGUAUGUCAGUAUUUGUGACUCUCUCGUCAAGAUCCCCAAACGGGCCAGUAUGGUCCACUCUCUGAUCGAAGCAUAUGCCCUGCACAAACAAAUGAGGAUAGUGAAGCCCAAAGUGGCCUCCAUGGAGGAUAUGGCCACCUUCCACACUGAUGCCUAUCUGCAACAUCUCCAGAAGGUCAGCCAAGAAGGUGAUGAGGACCAUCCGGACUCCAUAGAAUACGGACUAGGUUAUGACUGCCCAGCCACAGAAGGAAUAUUUGACUAUGCGGCCGCUGUAGGAGGAGCUACAAUCACAGCUGCCCAGUGCCUGAUUGACGGGAAGUGUAAAAUAGCGAUUAACUGGUCUGGAGGGUGGCAUCACGCAAAGAAGUAA